ACGAACGCGUUGAUUGCAGUUUUGAGCGGAGUGCGAAUCCAAUCCAAUAAAGUCUAGACACUUGGGGAGCUGUAUGACCUGCCACGCUUGCUUCUCCCCUCUACCACGUCAUAUUUUUGCUGUUAAUUGCUUGUUCGAUUCAAAAACAUGUCUGGAAAGGGAAAAGCUGGAAAAUCUUCGUCUGGAAAGACCGGUAGCGAUUCGAAGGCUCAAUCACGUUCAUCAAAAGCCGGUCUUCAGUUCCCUGUCGGCCGUAUCCACAGAUUAUUGAAGAAGGGCAACUACGCACAGCGUGUUGGUGCUGGAGCUCCUGUAUACCUUGCUGCCGUCUUGGAGUAUCUUGCUGCCGAGAUUCUGGAGCUUGCUGGCAAUGCCGCCCGUGAUAACAAAAAACAACGUAUCGUUCCCCGCCACCUUCAACUUGCCAUUCGUAAUGAUGAAGAGUUGAACAAACUCCUUGGUGAUGUCAUCAUUAGCCAGGGUGGUGUCGUGCCAUUCAUCAACCCAGAACUUCUUCCCACGAAAACCAGCAAGGGCAAGAAGGAGGGUGCUUCACAGGAGGUCUAGAGUGCUGCAGAGAUUUGUAUUCCACAUUUGUAUCAUUGUACUUGUUCGCCUUAAUCUACAUAAUUGUACCAUAGAUAUCGCAAACAUCGAGCAGUACUUUAGUUUGAGCUGAACAACGGGCUGCACU